AUUCCCUGUCACUGCUCUAACGCUGUUUAUUCCUGGUUCUGCUCUGGGGGCUGUCUCCACCUCUCAGAGUGGGCGAGAUAGAGAGAAUUUCUCAAGUAUUUGCAAUGACCGCCCUGAGGGACGGACUCAGCUGAACAUUGGAACUGAAAGUAAUUUGAAUCAGGAAGUGCUGUGUGUGUGAAUAUGGAUUCCAGACUGCAGGGAGAGGGCUGGACCGAGGAGGUAAUCUGUCCCAUUUGUCUGGAUUUCUUCACUGAUCCGGUUAUACUGGAUUGUGAACACAACUUCUGCCGCUCCUGUAUCACCCGGAGUUGGGGAGAUAGAGAGAGAAACUCCUGCCCGGAAUGUAGACAGGAGAUUCCGGACAGAAACCUCAGAGGAAACCGGGCCUUAGCGAAUCUGGCCGAGAAAGCUCGAAGAUUAAGUCUGAAUCCAGAAGAGAAGGAAAGUAAACAUCACUGUGAGGAACAUCAGGAAGAACUGAAGCUGUUUUGUGAAACUGACAAGAAAUUGAUGUGUGUGAUUUGUAGAGAUUCCCCGGAACACAAAUCUCACAACUUCCUGCCGAUUAAAGACGCUGUUGGAAUCUACAAGGAGGAAGUAUCUUGGAAGAGAAGGAUGAAUGGCAUAGCUCACAAGCUGUCAAUUACUGAUGGGAUACUGUCCACUGAAAAAUUCAAGAACCUUUUCCCAUUUGCUGUGUGGAAUACAAUUAAACCAGGUAAAGUCUCUGUGAUCCUGGAUGUGGAAACAGCACAUCCUGAGCUCGAGGUGUCUGAGGAUCUGAAGUGUUUGAGAUGGACCUGGACCCGGAUGUAUCUCCCUGACACCGGAAAGAGGUUUAAACACCGGGCCUGUGCCCUGGGAUCAGAGGGAUUCACAUCGGGGGGACAUUACUGGGAGGUGGAGGUGGAGGGGAAUCAGGGCUGGAGUCUGGGAGUAGCCUCAGAGUCUGUGGAGAGGAAGAGAGGUAUCAGUCUGAUCCCAGAGAAUGGAUUCUGGACCAUGGAAUGGGUUGGGGAUCGGUUUUAUAUAAACUCUCCUCUUCGAUCCCCUCUCUGUGUUGGUCAGAUCCCCAGGAAGGUGGGAAUAUAUCUCAGUUAUGAAUCUGGGACAGUUUCAUUUUACAACGCGGACGCCAUGUCCCUUCUCCACACCUACACUGGCAAUAGAUUCACUGAGAAACUUUAUCCUUUCUUUGAGACAUGGGAUGAAAAUCAGUUUCUGAGAAUCUGCUUUUAAAGGGACAGGGCCUCAGGACUCCCUGAGUAAACCUGACACUGGGGUUAGGGUCAGAGGUCAGGGAUUGGGAUCAGAAACCCCCAUUGACAACAGGAUGUUACAAAAUGUGUUGUUGAAUUUCAAGAUUGUACUUCCUAAAAUUACAACUAAAGUGUAAAUAAAUCACAUCCAAAUAUAAAUGUCAGAUGCUGAAAAUGAAAAAGUACAUUAAA